AAAGUUGAAGGACGUGAGAAGGAGGGCUAAGGAUGAAGUGAAAGAAAGGGAGUGUAGAAGCAUUGGAGAAAUUUGGGAGAAUGGGAAGCCGUAAUUUGAGCACAGUGUUGGUGGUUGUGUGGGUGUUGAUUGCAAACCCAGCAGCAGGAGAUUCAGAUUCAAUUAUAGGGAGAUUCCAACAAUAUCUCCAAAUCAACACAGCUCACCCCAAUCCCAACUACAAAGAAGCAGAAGAAUUCCUAGUAUCCCAAGCCAAAUCCAUAGGACUGGAAUCCCAGUCCAUAGAGUUUGUGACAGGGAAGCCGCUUCUUCUCCUCAAGUGGCAGGGCUCCAGCCCCACUCUUCCUUCGAUUCUCCUUUUUUCUCAUACUGAUGUGGUUCCCGUUGAGCAGCACAAGUGGGAUUAUCCUGCCUUCGCCGCAAUUCUCGAUUCCCAUGGUAAUAUCUAUGCUAGAGGUUCCCAGGACAUGAAGUGCGUCGGCAUGCAGUAUUUGGAAGCUGUUCGUCGCCUUAACUCGUCUGGGUUCCGCCCAAUUCGAUCCGUUUAUAUCUUGUUUUCUCCUGAUGAGGAAAUAGGUGGACAUGAUGGUGCUGAGAGGUUUGCUCAUUCUCAUAUCUUCAACUCCAUGAAUGUUGGCAUAGUUCUUGAUGAAGGUUUGGCAUCUCCUGCUGAGCACUAUAGGCCAUUUUAUGGAGAGAGGAGUCCGUGGUGGCUUGUGAUUAAGGCGACUGGGCCUCCAGGGCAUGGGGCUAAACUUUAUGACAAUAGUGCCAUGGAGAACCUUCUUAAAAGUAUUGAGAGUGUGAGGAGAUUUCGCGCGUCUCAGUUUGAUUUGGUCAAGGCUGGUUUGAAGGCUGAAGGAGAGGUUACGUCUGUUAAUAUGGUCUUUCUUAAAGCAGGCACUCCAUCACCAACUGGGUUUGUCAUGAAUUUGCAGCCGUCUGAAGCAGAAGCAGGUUUUGAUGUUCGGGUCCCACCAACUGCUGAUCCUGAAUCUUUGGAAAGGCGAAUCGCUGAAGAAUGGGCUCCUGCUUCCCGCAAUAUGACAUUCCAGUUUAAGCAGAAAACUACCGUACACGACAAGUACGGGAGGCCACUCCUUACAAAGACUGACAGUUCUAACCCAUGGUGGACUCUGCUCGAAGAAGCUGUCAGAAAAGCAAAUGGAACACUUGGUAAACCAGAGAUCUUCCCUGCAGCCACUGAUUCUCGUUACUUUCGGCAACAAGGAAUUCCAGCAAUCGGCUUUUCACCUAUGGCAAAUACGCCUAUUCUUCUACAUGAUCAUAAUGAGUUCUUGAACCAAGCAGAGUACCUGAAAGGCAUUGAUGUGUAUGAGUCCAUAGUUAAAGUGUAUGCAUCUCAUGUGGAACAUGCAGGCAUGGGGGAAACUAAAGAUGAAUUGUAAUUCUGCCAUUUGUAACAUAGUGAGACUUCAGAUUAAAGAAUGUAUGAAUAAGUAGGCUAUUUAUGAGCACAAGUGGUUGAAUGGACUCCUCACAUUUUGACAUUGUUGUACUACAAAAUUCUUCAUACUAUUGUCAGAGCCUGUAAACUGUUUA